CUCGAAUUCCACCCCAACCAAUUUUCUCAAAACCCUAAUCGCCUCGGAUCAUGUAAUUAAUCCGAAUUCGAAUCUGGGUUUUGGUGGAUUCGAUUUGGAGACCCGAGAGAGCGAGAGAGGGAUCAUGACUCGGCGGUGUUCGUAUUGCAGCCACAAUGGCCACAACUCUCGGACCUGCCCGAACCCUGGAGUCAAGCUAUUCGGAGUCCGGUUGACUGCUGGAUCGAUCCGGAAGAGUGCCAGUAUGGGUAACUUGACCCAUGACACCGGAUCCAGUAGCGGUAACCUUCAAAAUGGCCUCGCCGGAAACAACCAUGACUCUCCCGGAGAUACGCCAGACCACGGCGCCGCCGCCGGAGAUGGGCAUGCCUCGGAGGAUUUUUGUUUCCGGGUCGUCGUCCAGUCGGGAAAGAAAGAAAGGGGAAGAAAUGGCGAAAGCUCUACAACUUCCCAUCAUAGACCUCGCUUCUCCUGAUCGAAUCUCCACCGCCAAUUCCAUCCGUCAGGCAUGCAUAGAAUGUGUUUUUUUUACCUCAUAAACCAUGGGGUAGAGCAGGAGUUGCUUAAGCAAGUGUUUGAUGAGAGCAAAAGAUUCUUCUCACUCCCCCUUGAAGAGAAGAUGAAAUUGCUUCACAGAGAAACAAGAGGUUAUACGCCACUGUAUGCCGAGAAUCUCAACCCUUCUUCAAGUUCUAAAGGU